AGGAGCCUCGGCAGUCCAUGCGGGCCCCGAUCAUAGAUGCCGUCUUCUUCAUGGGCGAUUCGCUCGGCCAGGGAGCUAUCGGCUUCCAGGACUUCCUCGUCACGUUCUGCUCCUUCUGCGCGCUGUCCAAAGAGGAGAUGCUGCAGCUCCUGUUCAUCAUAGUGGACAAAGAUCGCAAUGGCCGCAUCGACAAGCAGGAGCUCCUUGAGUAUUUCUCCUACGUCCCGGACGGCGGGGCCGGCACGAAGAGUGCCCCGAUCUUCCCCGUGAACAACAAGAACGCCCUCGACAGAUUCCGCGGAGGGAAGUGGACAAGCCUCGCCUUCGACGGGCUGGCGCAGCUCAUGGAGCUGUUCCCGUACAUUGUGUAUCCCGCGUACCACACCCAGGAGCUCUAUCGGUCCCGGCUGCUCGGCAAGGC